UCCAUGUGUUAGAUGUCACCAUGAGGUCCAACUACCGCUGGUACCUGACCGGCCUGUCUCACUCCAUCUUGGUUGGGCUUCUCCUUCUAUUGGGCAUCUACGGACAGGAUAAUAAAUCUGACUGUUACCCAGAGCUCAGAGUACAAAGGAACACUGUCUGGAAGGCUUCACCUGGAGAUUACUUGGAGAUUAACUGCACUGUUAUUUUAUGUCCCGACUCAUCAUCAUUUAUCUUAUGGAGGAAAAUUAUUGGAUCAGAUUGGGUUCCUGUCAAGAGAACUGCUCUCAUUGAAAUCAAAUGGCAAAGAAGGAGAAAUAAUGGGACCUCAUUUCUGGUAUUCAAAAGAAUAGACGUAAAUGAUUCUGGUUUAUACCAAUGUACAUUAGAAUCCGCUGUGAGUCAUGGUAUCCAUGUUACUGUCUCAGAGAGUGUGGAAGGCACCACAGUUGUUAAUCAGAAGAAUGAAACAGGGAGUGUGGAUGGCACCACAAUGAAUAAUCAGAAGAAGGAAACAGACAUCACACCAGGUCAGAGGGACAGUUUCCUGGAGGGGCUGUGGCUUUAUGUUUACAAGUCGGCUGUGCUUGUGGUGUUUGUCAUCAUGGUUCUAACAAUAUUCAUGCUAUCGAAACAUGGAUGUAAAGGUGUCUGUCCAUCAAGACAACCAAAAAUAGAGGAACAACCAGAGAGACAGAACAUAGCUAUACCACUGACUGAGCCAGUAUCCCCACGACCAAAACCUAGUCCCCACCAAGCCCAGCAAAAGCGCCGGUCCAACUCACUGCCAGACAGUAUAUAUGAAAAAAUAACUGCCAGUGAACAUCUCACCUGUGCUGCAGCCAAUCAGGUAGCCGCCCCUGUGGAAGAUGACUGUACCGAUGGCACCAGGAAGUGGUAUGAGGCCAACUUAUAAAAUCUGAUUAGGAGUUUCCUCUGCUGCACAAACCAAAAAACCCACAUGCUGCAGCAUAUCCUGUGGAUGCAGGUUUAAGUAAAGUGAAUGUGCUCUGACUGUCCACUCUAAAAAUAAAAUGUUCUUAGAGUAAUCUUUAAACUGGAAUCCCCAAUAGUUCUUCAAUAUGUACGAUUAUAGUACAAUGUACUAACCUCCUAUUUUAGACCACAGACCAUAAAUUAAAGUUCUGGUCUGGCAAACAUUUCUGUAUUGAUUUUGAUGUACACUGUAAACCCUAAUGUAUUGCUCACUCAAAUGUUUCUACUAAAGGUAACUCAAAGUUAGAGAAAUGUUCC